GAGGUGUUGAAGUUAUUAUGAUUAUCUCAUGUACAGUAGACUGUCUAGGUAAAAAAACAUGAGGGAGGAGGGGCAACCAGCAGCAGUCUGCAGCAAGUUUGGAGAGCUCUGCGAGGUACCGCUGUUAGUGUAAGUGCUAGCAUGGAAGCUACCUAGGUACCUACUACUAGGUACCUACCUAGGUAGGGAGGCAGCUGAACCAGCUUGUGUUUCGCUGCACCGCGCGCUUGUCCCCCAGCUCUACAUACAAAUCCUGAGAUCUGACAGCCCGUUGCUCCUCCACCACGAGUCACUGACGUCGUCUCGGUGAUCUUCACUUCAAUCCCCCCACCGUUGAUCGUUUCCAGAGUAGCAGUCCCUCAAAUCAUAAGGGCGCGCCGAGUCAUCUCGAUUGAGGAGGUUCCGUCUCUCCUUUCUCUUUUUUCAAGCAACCUCACCUUCCAUGCGCCCCGGAUCUCGAGCGUUUGUUUGCAUACUUAGAAGUGCUCUGUCUGUUUGCACUAUGUUGAUCCCCGUGGUGAAAGAGGUCCGUGAAAUGGCUCUUCCUCCCUCGGCCCUUAGAUUUCAAGCCGUGUACAGCAUGCAGAUCAUCACAGGUGUAGCUUUCUCCGCAUUCCGCGAGUUAUGAUUCCAAGCUGCAAGCUAUCAUCCUCUGGUCACUCCAGUGUAAGUCUCUCUCAAACAUCAUUUGUUAACGUUGCCCUUUCAUUAAAACAGACGAGUGUCUUGCGUCUACAUUGUAGACCCGCAGUCGUACACUCAUGUGUCAUCUGCCUUAGAGUCGUGAAACUUU